AUGAGAACCGCUACCACUAAAAGAAUUAGUUAUAGGGGCAAGGUCGAGCCCCCUGCGAACUGUGCCUCUAAUGUAUGCUACAGGGAAGAGGAGUCAUGUCCUGAGAAUAGUAAGUUUGACUCUAAUAUUAGAGAAUAUGAAGAGACCAUCUUAACCCCACUUGGGAGGAUGAUAUCAGAAGUUCCCAAACUGAAGACCAGGAAUGUACUACUUAACAUAGGAACUUGGAAUGUUAGAACACUGUAUGAACUAGGAAAACUUGAUAAUCUCAUUCAAGAAAUAAAGUCAAUGAGGCUAGAUGUUGUAGGUAUUUGCAAAACAAGAUGGACAGGUUCAGGAAUGCUUUACAAGAAUGAAUAUACAAUAAUGUACUCAGGAGCAGAGGCACAUGUAAAUGGAGUAGACAUCAUAAUGAAGAAUAGUAUAGCAAGAUCAAUAAAUGGCUUCACUGUAGUCAAUGAGAGAAUCAUUGCAGUAAAGAUAGCUGCUCAACCUUAA